AUGACUCCAAUCUACAAAACAUUCUCCGAUGCUCUCCUGAUGCAAGACUUCCCGAGAAUUCAGUCCAUCCUCACAGAACGGCACACCUUCCUCGAUCUCAACCGAUACUGCAGAGACGGUCAGACACCCUUACAUCACUGCAGUUCCAGCGGAAAUCUCAAAUUAGUACGCCUACUUGUGGAGCACGGGGCAAAUCCACGAAGAAAGAACAAAGAGGGGUGGACGCCCCUGCACCUGUCUGUCUUUAGGGGGCAUAGAAAAAUUACAGCUUACUUGUUGAAGAUUUUGAUAGGGAAGCGUGAAAAAGUUCAUCACUCGAUCACCCAAGACGUCAAACCGUCAAUUUUCGAGGUCACGUGUAAAGAAGAGAAGAUAGAUUUUGAAGAGGAUGAUAAAAAAUGUCUUCUACAACUACAAUAAAAGCUGUUUAGAAAAAAUUACUAAAGUAUUAUAAUUUGUUUUUGUACACGUACACACACGCACACACACAAACUGACUCACACACUCACACACUAAUAAUUAACGGUAAAAAUGCGCGUACAUAAAGGUAAGAGCAUUUAAUAUAGCAAAAUUCAUGAACGUUUAUACUCAAUGACCUCAACCGACCAACUGUAUAAUUAUUAAUACCGCGAAAUUAUUAUUCCUUAAUGCUAGUUGUAAUGUUUUAUUUUCAUAUAACAUUGCGCACUUCAUUAUCGACAUAAUUCAUGCAGUAUCAGCGCAUUGUAAAGAGCCGAAUUGUGCAUAUUCAUAAUAUGUUGCAUAAUAAGGAUGAAAUGUUAUUCAGUGAGAGCUCUCAACUUUUCAUUCAUACAUGACAUGUUGUUGUGUCCACUGGUGACAAAUGAAAUCUCGAUCAUUGUCAAUUUUGUGCUUCAUUAACAUUACCUUCGUCGUCAUCUUUAUCAUUUCAUCGUCAUCACAUUAUCACCACCAAUCACCUCAAAGAUUAUUUUUAUUUAAGUUAUUUGUAAUGAAUGGGUAAUGUUUGUAAUUACUUACAAUUACUUAUUUUCCACUAAUUGUAAAUAAAACACAUGCGUAUCUGCUAAUCAGUUUAUAUCAGUUACAUUUAUCGCAAAAUAUUUAACUACUUUUUGUAAUUUUGUUGAUGUUUCAAUUGAAAAUAAAAAUGUUUAACUCAUACUUUU